AAAAAUUUUAAAAGAUUUUAAUAACUUUAAACAAUAUUUAAGUCUUCAUCACAUUGUUGUUAAGACUGUAGCGUUGUGAAGUUGAUGCAUAUAACAAUACACAUUAAAAAAUAUUGGAAGUGUUUAAAAUAAAAUUAAAAACAUAAUAACACAGACGCUGGAACAAAUUUUAAUUUUAUUGACAUAAACUUAUAUUCCAAAGUGAUUUGAAAAGUGUUGUUUGCUUUAAAAAAAAUUCUUAAUUAUGAUCAAAUAGUGAUAUAUAGCUCAGAUCAACUAAAAAUCAAAUGAUUCUUAACAAAAACAAUCGAAUUAUUUUGAGGUUAGGGAAUCGUAUCUGAAGUUUUUAUGCUGAAAUUUUUAGAUUCGCUAACUAAAAGCUUCAAUUUAUGAAGAUCUAGAAUUGUUGUUAAAAAAAUUAUCUUGGAGCAAACCUAAAGAAACGUUUAAUGAUGGUGGAUAUUUUGUAAAUAAAUAAUAUUGAUGUGUUAAGUAGCGGAAGGAAAUUGAAUAAUGCCUUACGGAAUAUCAGCUUAUGGGCAAUCGCCACAGAUUGGUUCACCGCUGCAACACACUGGAUCCUUAAUUCAACAGCACAUUGGUAGUGGCAAUACAGCAAUUUAUGCUGGAUCUGAAAGUAACGGCAGUCCUGCCGCAGCUGUUAGCUCGACCGCUCUUCAAACCACCUCACAAUCAACGUCCUCACUCUUUCGAACAGGUGAAGAGAAGAGACUUACACGUGAAGCGAUGGAAAGAUAUCUGCAAGAUCGCAAUGACAUGAUUAUUGUCGUACUACAUGCUAAGGUGGCUCAAAAGUCAUAUGGCAAUGAAAAACGUUUCUUCUGUCCACCACCAUGCAUUUACUUGUUUGGCGAUGGCUGGCGUCUUCGGCAGGAGCAAAUGAUUCGUAAAGGGGAAAGUGAACAAUCUUCACAACUCUGUGCCUUUAUUGGUAUCGGCAAUUCGGACCAUGACAUGCAACAGCUGGAUCUUAACAAUGGAAAGCAGUAUUGCGCUGCAAAGACUUUAUUUAUCUCAGAUUCCGAUAAACGGAAGCACUUUAUGUUGAGCGUAAAGAUGUUCUACGGAAAUGGUCACGAUAUCGGCGUGUUCAAUUCAAAAAGAAUUAAAGUCAUCUCAAAGCCAUCGAAAAAGAAGCAAUCGCUUAAGAAUGCUGAUCUUUGUAUAGCUAGUGGAACAAAAGUCGCUCUUUUCAAUCGACUGAGAUCACAGACUGUAUCAACAAGAUAUCUUCAUGUUGAAAAUGGACACUUUCAUGCCAGUUCGACACAAUGGGGUGCAUUCACCAUUCACUUACUCGAUGACAAUGAGAGUGAAUCUGAGGAGUUUAAUGUUCGUGAUGGUUACGUUCACUAUGGUGCUACUGUGAAGCUUGUUUGUAGUGUCACAGGAAUGGCCUUGCCUCGUUUAGUUAUACGUAAAGUUGAUAAACAAAUGGCGCUUCUUGAAGCUGACGAUCCUGUCUCGCAGCUACAUAAAUGUGCUUUCUACAUGAAAGAUACGGAACGAAUGUAUCUGUGCCUAUCGCAAGAGAAAAUUAUUCAAUUCCAAGCAACGCCAUGUCCCAAAGAAGCCAACAAAGAAAUGAUCAAUGAUGGAGCGUGUUGGACAAUAAUUUCGACUGACAAAGCUGAGUAUCAGUUUUAUGAAGGAAUGGGACCAGUAAGAACGCCAGUUACGCCUGUUCCAAUUGUACACGCACUAAAUCUCAAUGGUGGCGGUGAUGUUGCGAUGCUUGAGUUAACUGGCGAUAAUUUCACACCUGCACUGCAAGUCUGGUUUGGUGAUGUUGAAGCUGAAACCAUGUACAGAUGUGCGGAAGCACUUUUAUGUGUUGUUCCCGACAUUUCACAAUUUCGAGGCGAAUGGUUGUGGGUCCGGCAACCCACUCAAGUACCUGUUUCGCUUGUACGAAAUGAUGGAAUUAUCUACGCGACUGGUCUAACUUUUACUUACACACCUGAACCUGGGCCACGACAACAUUUUCCUCAAGCUGAUGAAGUAAUGCGAGCAUCACAAAAUCGUACAAGAACUGAAAGUAACGCCAAUAAUAACAACAAUAAUAGUCCGAGUAACAGCACAGCAAAUAAUAAUCCGAGCAGUAAUAGCAGCAGCACACCAUCGACAGCAACAAUGUCACCAGUUAGUCUGAAUCAAUCUUAUCCAUCAUUACCGUCAAUAUCAGAGAUGUCAUCGUGGAAUAUGCACAGCGGUCUUCAAUAGUGAAGAUGAUAGAUUGGAAAAUUUAAAUCUUUUGAGCCAUCAAUGAUCAUAAAUAAAGUUUAAGGCUCCGGUGCAAUGCUCAAAUGCUCAGGUAGUGGACUUAAAUAUGAAAGUAAGUGAUAGCAAAUCAAUGACAAACAUGACUUUAGAAAUGUUUUCUGUAAUUAAAUAUUUCUAUUUGACAUUUUUUUCUUGUUAAAUAUUAUGAAAAGGAAAAUGAAAAGUAAGAAAAAAGACAAUUAAAUUAAGAUCAGGGAUGACUCCAUUGAAAAUGUAACAAAACAUCGAAAAUUGAAAAAAAAACGAAUAAUUUUUCAUUCAACCAAAGAACGAAAAUCCUGAAAUGCAUGAAAUUAAUGUUCAGGACACUAUUCAAGAAAAUGCAAAGUGAAAUCAAACUCAACAGAAAAAGACAAGUCAUUAAUUAAGGAUUAGUUAAUUUCUGUAAUAAUUUUAAUCUUGAAUCUUUGUACCAUUUUAAUGUUAAAAAAAGAAUGAAAAUGUUUUUAAGAUUUGCCUCUGCCGACUCUUUCGUUAUCUGAGUUCACUGAUAAAUGAAAUUAAUUAUUUAUUGUAAUUAAAUAUUUAAAAAUUAAUAUUUUUUCGGUUUUCUAACGUCGCUGUAUGUUCAUGUGUCGCUUUUUUUACGACACACUCGCAAAUCUCAAAAUAUUCUCUUCAAACAUAACGCGAUGUUGUUCCAUAAAAGGAUAAGAAAUUCAUGACUUACUUAAGGAACAAUUCUUAAGACGAUAGAUAGCUUUGUACAUAAGAUGAAAAAAGUAUUUUUUAAAUUUUUUUGGAACCUUAUUUUACUUAAGGAUGUUUAUGAUGAUAGUAAUUUAUAUUACUUCAAUAGACUUAAUGAAUAAAAACAAAAAGAUCACGUGAAAGUUGAUAUAUUUU